UCGGCGCCGCUGCGGCAGGGCGCUUCACGCUCGUCCCCGCCAGAGGCCUCUGGGCGAGCCCGGCCUCUUCCCCCGCCGCCAGCCGCGCUCUCUUGUGCCAUGGGAAGGCGGCGGGGCGGCCUUGGCUCGACGACGCCGACGCGAAGCAGAAGCCUCCGGGCGGGGUCGGGGCUUCUAGGCGACAGACUGAGGGGAAGCCGCGGCGAGAGAGCGGCGGGCGGCCGCAGCCAGGCCCAGUCCGGCCCCCUGUCAGCGCUGCGCCAAGCAGGUUGUCUUCCCACUCUCAGGAGUGCGUGAAAGCUACUCAGCACACAGGCAGCAAAGCACCUGGCUCAGAAGAUGACUGAAGUUCAAAUCGACAGCUCCCGACUGCCCCCAGUUCAAGAAGUUUGCCGAGAUUUUGCUGUCCUGGAAGAUGGUGCCUUGGCCUACUGUCUGCAAGAACAAGAGAUUGAGCAACAUUACACCUCCAACAUCCAGAAGAACCAGCUGGUUCAGAAGGACAUCAAGAUCGCCAAGAGGCUGCAGGGCAUGGAGGAGGAAGAGAGGAAGCUCCAUAACUCCAAGCAACAGAAGCAAAUUGAAGAGAGCGACUCUGAAAUUGCCCGUGCCAUCCAGGAGGAUAUUCAGAGGAAAGCUGAGGAGAGUCGCCAGCGGGAGGAGCGAGACCAGGAGCUAGCCAAGCGGUUGCAAGACUUAGAAGAGGAAGCGAUCCGACAGCAGAAGCAGAGGUCGGAGAACUCCAAUGGUGAAAAAGGUGAUGACACCGAACCUCUGCAUUGGGUGAUAGCAAACCUGGAGCUUCAGACUCUGGAGCAGCUCCGACAAGAUGAAGAACUGGCUCAGAAACUGCAAGAAGAGGAGCAAACUUCUAUUAGAGCCAGGAAGAACCGGGAGCGUAACGAUGACUACAGAGCUGCCCAGGUGGCUCAGGAUGAGGAGAUUGCUCGAUAUAUGCAAGAGCAGGAACUGAAAGCCCAGUGGAGAUCCUCCAGCAAGGAUGGAGCAUCUGAGAGUAUCAAGGAGGCACACAGCCUCUCUGAACGUAGAUGGAGCCGAGGGCUAGAGGAGGCUCAGACUGGCUGUGGAGCUGCAUCACCAGCCAGAGUUCAAUCCCUGGAAAGAUCAGAUGUGCCCUCAAGAGGAGGUCAUGCAGACAUGAAGCCCCAGCAUUGCCGGAAUAUCGCUGAAGAUCUGGACCCAACCUUCAAGGCCAAAAGAACGGAGCCAUCUCCUGAUCUGAGCGCAGUCUGCUCCCAAGCUGUGGGCUCAAUACGUCCUGUUCCAGUGGAUGGCCUCUUUGACUAUAUGGACGAGAUUUCAGAACCCACCUUUGUGUCCCCGACCAAGCGGCAGCCUGAAAAGAUGGGCCGUCAGAAAUCCAGGGACAAAAAGGAAGGCUGCAAGCAACAGUGAGCUCCUGAUUAUCCAUCCCCUCUGCCACUGAAGAGUGUAUUUCUCCAUCGGGACUGCAGGAUCUUCCUUGUACCUCGCCAUCAGGGGACAAGUCUGCCACGCUGCAGUGAGUUCCUGCUCAGGGCUUUCUCUGUUCUAGCACUGAAGCAUUUGAUUAGACAUCAGAUGAGGCAGAUGCAAGAGAUUUCCAGUGUAGCCACCAUUUUUGUUUCAGAAGAACUGAAAAUGGAAGCAAUGCAGCUUAAACAAAAUGCAGUAUGGCCCUAGCUCAUCUUUGGGGGUAAUGCAGAAAGCACAAACUGUGGCAGCUCCUCCUCCUCCCCACCAGGAACUGUUUUAACCCUUGCCAUAUAGAACCAGCUAGUCAUUAGGAUGUUUUCACUACAGUGGGAAAUAACGGCUUUGCAGUGCGCUGUUGGGUGACUGGAGGCAGAAGCGGCACCAGAAAUACAGUAGGAUGCUCCUGCAAGCCAGUGGUUCCCAGUCCUAUCCCGGGGAAAACCACUGGCUAAAACAUCUUCUCAACAGAGAGUACAGAUACAGCCUCUCACAAAUGUUCUAUAACAAGGGAAAUGAGGGGGAGCCAAGACGGAGUCGGGGCAACACAAGAGGUCUGGGCUUUUUCUCCUUUCAGGGGACCUUCAAAUAGGAAAUGUGAACGAGAUUUAAAAAAUAGACAGGCAGAAUAUUCUAUUAAGCGCUUUGUGUUUCCACAGUUAUAUUACUUUUAUGCAAACGUGAUUGGCAGGCAGUGAGUAAAUGAACGGCCAAAACGCACGAAACGCUUUCAAGGUAGAUUAGAAGCUGAUCUUCCACAGGCCACCCUAGUAGCAAGCAGAUGUGCCUCUAUUCUUUAUUUUCCCCUUCCUCCAAGUAUUGGUUCAGAUGCUACCAAUCUUGGACUUUAAGAUGUGCAAUUUUGAAUUGGUGCUAAAUGUGUUAAUUUGCACUUUUCUUUUUUAAAGAAAAAGAAUAAUAUGCAUGUGUAUAUCUAUAUAUGUAUAUAUCUAUAUAUAUAAGAAUCCUCUGCACCAUGAGCAGGACCUGGUAGCAGCAGGUGCUGCUUAGCAGUUCCAUUGCAAAGUGUCUGGCUGAAGAAAAAGCUGGUUCCACACAGCUUCCUUUUGAAUCGGUGCAUGUGUUUAACAUGUGUAUAUAAUAUAUACAAACAAAAUGUGGUAUCUCUUUCAUUAAAGAAGUCCUUAUG